AAAGGCUGCGAAAGCUGGUAAGAAGAAGAAGAGUGGCAGGGAGGAGGAGUUGUCGCAGCUACAGGGGGUUUUAGAAAUUAAACAAAAACUGUAUAAACAAAAGCUUCUUGAUCGUUUACUCGCAAAAACAGAACCUCUCUCUGAAAUUGAAACCAGUCUUAAGCUCAAACUAAUGUCAGAAAUGUUAUGAUCUAUUAUUAAUCUUGCUUUUAAGGUAUUGUAACUUGAUCACUCUGUUUUUUGAUUGUUUGAUUUUUUUUUAAAUGCUUACUAACUUUUGUCACUCUGUUUUGACAGGUUUACGCAUGUGGGAAGGAGUCACGGGUGCAUUUGGUCUGUAGCUGAUGUGGGAAGGAGUCACAGGUGCAUUUGGUCUGUAGCUGAUGUGGGAAGGAGUCACGGGUGCAUUUGGUAUGUAGUUGUUGUGGAAAGGAGUCACGGGUGUUGUAGGAGUCACGGAUGACUCUGUUUCCUUUAGUAUAAGUAGUAGUGUAGCAGUUUCCUUUAGUGUACUGACGGGUGAACAUGUUUUCCUCGGAGAGUUUGUAAUCUACUCUCAUUGUUUUCCUCGGAGCCGUUGUAAUCAAGUUGUUCUUACAUUGCACUGCAGUUUUGAUAUGUCAUCAUCUUCAUCCGAUGAAGUCGAUGAAAGAUUGGACGAAAUUUGCGAUGAAUACGUGGAAGAAAUAUACAACGACAUAGUGGAGGCCCAAACCAUACCACAAAGGACACGUCAGUAUGUUGAACGACACCGCGAAGGAGGACAAGACCAAUUAUGGAAUGACUACUUCAGCGAAGAUUCGACAUUCUCGACUCAAUUAUUCAGACGUCUUUUCCGCAUGAAUAAGGAAUUAUUCUUGCGUCUUGUUCAUGGCCUAGAAGCAUGCUUUCCAUUCUUUCAGCAAAGAGAUGCAACCGGGAGGUGGAGUCUUACUGCACUACAAAAAUGUACCGCAACUAUUCGUCUGUUUGCUUAUGGUACUGCAGCUGACACCGUUGACGAAUAUCUCCGACUUGGUGAGAGCACUGCACUUUCGUGUUUACAUAAUUUUACUGACGGAAUAAUACAGUUAUUCGGUGAUGAGUAUCUACGACAACCCACACCGGAGGAUCUUCAACGACUACUCGAUAUUGGAGAGAAACGAGGGUUUCCUGGGAUGGUCGGGAGCAUUGACUGUAUGCAUUGGGAGUGGAAAAAUUGUCCAACCGCUUGGAAAGGACAAUACGCAUGUGGAUCAGGAAAACCGACAAUUGUAUUAGAGGCUGAAGCUUCCCAAGAUCUUUGGAUAUGGCACGCCCUUUUUGGUCCUCCAGGUACCUUAAACGAUAUUAAUGUCCUCGAUCGGUCUCAUGUUUUUGAUGACAUUUUACAAGGUCGAGCUCCGAGGGUAAAGUACGUGGUCAACGGACACACGUAUAAGUUGGUGUACUACCUCACAGACGGUAUAUAUCCAAAAUGGUCAACAUUUAUCCAAUCUAUCACACUCCCUCAAACUCCUCAACAAGAGUUAUUUGCUAAAAUUCAAGAAGCAACCCGAAAAGAUGUGGAACGGGCUUUUGGAGUAUUGCAAUCUCGAUUUGCAAUUGUGAGAAAUCCGGUAAAAACAUUGAACAAAAAAAAGAUAGGGAAGAUUAUGAGAGCAUGUAUCAUAUUCCACAAUAUGAUAGUCGAAGAUGAACGGGAUGGAUACUCUCGUAUUGAUAUAUCUGAAUUUGAAGAAGGAGACGCCUCCAGAUGUUCAGAGGUGGAAACCGAGAGGCCAACAAAUCUGAAUAAUAUCUUUCCCACUCGGAAUGAUCUUCGUGAUAGGCAAACACAUGAAAGAUUAAAAAAUGAUUUAAUUCAAAAUAUUUUGAAUAAAUUUGGUGAUGAAAAUUAACAAUUAUUCUAUAUUUAUGUAAAAUUUUUGUUUUUAUGUUUAAUUAAUGUAUUUUAUGUUUAUUUAUAUUUCACUGAAAAAAACAUUUAUUUUUCCUAAGAAUUCCAACUUCGGAAUCACCAUUGUACACACAUUUUUAACAAGAAUCCUUAACUAUUCAAAAAA